CGCAUCCCCUCCUAGUCUCCUACCUUCAACACUCAAAUUCACAAAAACCCACUUCUGUCAGACUCUCUUGUGUAACGUCGCGAAGAAAAAAAAAACAAAACAAAAAUAAAAAAAACAAUGCCGGUAAACUUAACAUCAGUUAUCGUAGCGGUAGAUGGCAGCGAAGAAAGCAUGAACGCAUUAAAAUGGGCACUCGAUAACAUCAAGCUUCGACCCGACGGAUCUCUUGUCAUUCUUCACGUUCAAUCCCCGCCGUCCAUCGCCUCCGGUCUUAAUCCCGGUGCCAUUCCCUUUGGUGGUCCCAGUGAGGUGGAGGUACCGGCAUUUAACGCGGCGAUUGAGGUGCACCAAAAGCGGAUUACUGAUGCUAUUAUAAAUCAUGCUCUGAAGAUAUGUGCUGAUCAAAAUGCGGAAGUCAAGACACAUAUAUUGAUUGGGGAUCCUAAGGAGAAAAUAUGUGAAGCUGUUGCGGAUCUGAAAGCUGAUUUGCUUGUAAUGGGAUGCCGAGCUUAUGGUCCUAUCAAGAGAAUGUUUAUGGGAAGUGUGAGUAACUACUGCUGCAACCAUGUGCCGUGCCCUGUCAUGAUAUUUAAAUAAGAAAACUUUACGGAUACUGUUGUCAUCGCUUGCCUGGAGACGUUUGAGGUGAUCGGCUUUUCAUCAGCUUCAGUGAAGCAUGUAUCCAAGGCAAUACUGUAUACUGUUUUGUUCCAAAAUCAGAGUAUCUGUUGUAUUUUUUAUGCGUAAAUCUGUUGUACAGUUUUGCUUGUGAUAUGCUUCUUUUGUUGUACAGCUUUGUUUUCCUUGUGUUGUAAAUUGUUGUAUGGAAUAUGCUUCUGCUGUUGUAAAAGUGUUAUUUCGAUUUUCGAAUAAAAGUUAUGCCUCAGUGUGGAUGAUAGGCAUAGGCUGAGUAAUUGUUGAUUAAAUUGUGUGUAAUCUAUCACUUGUACGAAAUUCAUUCAAUAGACAUCUGAAAUAGGAUCUGUAUUUAUGUUAA